AGUACCAACGAACCGUUACCAAAAUAGCAACCGCUUCGGCCAAAACCUCUUUCUUUGCUAUCUUCAUCUCAUUCGUUGCUCUUCACACUGCCUGCGUUCUAAUCUCUCUCCGUCUGUAUAUAGAUUUCAGCUGAUUUUUUUUCCUUUGAGAAGCUGAGUUUAGUUAAUCGGAGAUGGCGGAACCCAGUCGAGGCGGCGGCGGCGGACAGCUCUCGUCGGAGACCGGGAUCCCGAGAGGUUUGAACCGAAUUAAAACCAGGCGUUUGGAGCCACAGGACCGCCCCAGUUCGAGAGCUGUCCUGGACUCCAGCCAGUCUCCCAGCUAUGGAGCUUCGAGGCCUCAUCUGAAGCGGAAUCAGAGGGCGGCUGCUGCCAAAACGCGUGUUAGAAUUAGUAGUCCUAGAGAAGGAUUCUGUAAAGGAAGAAAGAUAGCUGGUUGGUUGUCAUCAUACUUCUUUAAGGAGUCUGAUCGGCCUGUAAGAGUUUUUGAAGGAUACCGGAAAUUGAAGGAAAAUGACAAGGAGGGGCUUAGUAGGAAUGUGGAUAAAAUGAAGCAGAAUACAACUGGGAUGGAAUCUUCAGUAGCAGGAAGAUGGAGUAAACCAUCCAAAGGGUUCAAAAGCUUUUCACACGAACUAGGUCCAAAAGGUGGUAUUCAAUCUAUGCAUCCUCGGGCUCACAGCUAUAGUGAUCUGAAGGAGCUGUUAGGAUCAUUGCAUUCAAGGUUUGAUGCCGCAAAAGAAGUAGUGAAUACAGAACUGGGUCAUUUUUCACUGGAGGUCGUAGAAAUCUUACAAAAGAAUGAUCCCUUACCCCAGAAUGAAACAAAAAUUGCUAAGGGACUUCUCAUUCUUUCUCAAGAAUGCAUUCAGAUGACAUGCUUAGAAUUUCGCAGCAAGUGUGAAGCAAUUGUCCAAGAUUUGACUGGCAAAAGACAACAAUGUCAGACAGGAUUACUGAAAUGGCUUCUAACACGCAUGCUUUUUAUUUUAACACGAUGUACGAGAUUGUUGCGUUUUGUGAAGGAUAGUGAACCAGUUGACGAGACAUCUCUGACAAAGUUCAAAGAAUGUUUAAAUAGGAUUCCUUCUGUUAAAAUGAAUUGGGUUGUGGAUGGAGGGAUUGCUGAUUUAGAUAAUGGUAAUAUUUUGAAUGUCAAUUCAGAUGGUAAAUCCAAAUUCGAUGCAGAAAACCACUCAUGUAUUCUCCCUCUGAAAAAUCAGCUUGGGUCUAAAGUACUUGUUCAUGAGAAUGGGACAGCUCUUGAAAGAGAGUAUAUGGCUAAUCAUCAAACUUCCCCUUCUCAAGAUUGCAAUUUUGAACAAUUACACCAGACUGAUGGCAGAAGUCUUUGUGAACCCGUGAACAAAUAUACUCAUGAUUCAUUUCAGGAGCAGCAACAGGGUUCAGAUGAUUCUAAUUUUGUUAUGUGUAGAAUAUGUGAGGAACUAGUUCCCACUAUUCAUUUGGAGCCUCAUUCUUAUAUAUGCGCCUAUGCAGACAAAUGUGAAUCAAAGUCUCUAGAUGUCGAUGAACGUCUUCUGAAAUUUGCAGAGUUGCUGGAACAGCUCUUGGAGUCACGUAGUUCAAGCAUUCAUGCAUUGCCUGAAUGGACAGAAAAUCCCAAGUUGCAGACUACAAAUUUUGCUACUGCAUCCGAAGGCUAUUCACCAAAGAUAAGCGAAUGGCGAAUGAAAGGUGUGGAUGGAAUGUUUGAGGAUCUUCAUGAAAUGGACACUGCUGGCAUAGAAGAUUCUCCACUCACAAACUUCCUCAAUUUGAAGGGACACUUGAGUUCAAAGCUCAACCAUUGUGGUCCACCAUCCUCAACUGGGAGCAUGACUUCAGCAUCCUCCACUAAUACCCCUAGGACAGUAAAUUUUGACUUUUUUUGGCUAGACCAUAACAAUCUAUCAGAGUUAGAGGAUAUUCAGCAGAUAUUUGACCUUUCAGAUAUCGCCCGGAGUGUGGCAAGCACAGAUAUCUCAGAAGAAGGAUGCCAUGAAUUUUUAAUUGCUUGCAUGCAAGACCUACAGGAAAUUUUGCAAUGUAGUAAGUUAAAAGCUUUAGUAGUGGAUACAUUUGGAGGAAGAAUAGAGAACCUGCUGAGGGAAAAAUACAUACUUGCUUGUGAUCUAGUGGGAAGGAAGAAUGACAUUAGAAAUCCAGAACACCUCAAUUUACCACCGGAUGAUACAUUUGUGAAUAGUUUGAAGUCAACUCCUAUACAUUCAUUGCACAGAGAACGAACAAGCAUUGAUGACUUUGAGAUUAUUAAACCAAUUAGCAGAGGUGCUUUUGGCAGAGUCUUUCUCGCCCGAAAGCGGACAACAGGGGAUUUAUUUGCAAUUAAGGUUCUUAAGAAAUUGGACUUGUUACGGAAGAAUGAUAUUGAACGUAUAUUGGCCGAGCGUAACAUAUUAAUUACUGUCCGAAACCCUUUUGUGGUUCGAUUUUUCUAUUCAUUCACCAGUAGAGACUACCUUUAUUUGGUUAUGGAAUAUCUUAAUGGAGGAGACUUGUAUUCACUGCUCAGAAAAGUUGGUUGCCUUGAGGAAGAUGUUGCUCGCAUUUAUAUUGCAGAGCUGGUCCUUGCUCUGGAUUACCUUCAUUCUUUAGGGAUAGUUCAUCGUGAUCUCAAGCCAGACAACAUACUAAUUUCACAAGAUGGGCAUAUAAAGCUUACAGAUUUUGGUUUGUCGAAAAUCGGCCUUAUGAACAGCACAGAUGAUUUAUCAGGACCUAAUAUGAAGGAAGUACCACCUUCAGUUUCCAAUAGCCAGCUCAAUCCAGAUACAUUAGACAAAACCCAACGGUCAGCUGUUGGCACACCGGACUAUUUAGCACCUGAAAUCCUUCUUGGAACUGAACAUGGCAGUGCAGCAGAUUGGUGGUCGGUAGGAAUUAUUUUAUUUGAACUCAUCACCGGUGUUCCACCUUUUACUGCUGAGCACCCAGAGAUAAUAUUUGACAAUAUCCUUAACAAGGAAAUCCCCUGGCCAUCUAUUCCUGGCGAGAUGUCCUUCGAGGCCCAAGACUUGAUUGAUAGGCUUCUUGUUCAUGAUCCAAGUCAGAGACUUGGAGCAAAUGGGGCAUCAGAGGUGAAAGAACAUCGGUUCUUCAAGGGAGUUGAUUGGGACAAUUUAGCCUUGCAAAAGGCUGCUUUUGUACCGCAACCUGACAGCAUAGAUGACACUAGCUAUUUCGUGUCGCGGUAUAAUUCAGAUGGAGCACGAGAUGAUGACGAUUAUGAUGAUUCCACCUCAGUCAUUUCUGAGCCAUUCUCUAACUCAAGCCUUGAGAAGAUGGAUGAAUGUGGUGAUCUUACUGAGUUUGAUGCUUCUCCUCUUGAUCUGUCCUUGAUGAAUUUUUCUUUCAAGAAUCUGUCCCAGUUGGCGUCUAUCAACCACGAAAUGCUCGUGCAAAGUGGAAAGGAUUCAUCAAGGUCUGCCUCUCCUUGUAAAGGUUCUCGUGUAUAAUCUUCUCAGAAUAUUUCUUUCUCUAUUUUCCUUCCCCCCCCCUCUCUCUUUUAGGAGGGUCAUCGUUCUAAUAGCACAAGCUAUGCAUCUUAUUGAUUCAUAGCUAACACGUUAAAGGGACUAAUGGGGAGAAACUGUACAGGGGAUAAUACCCAGUAUAGGCACCCAUGUACAGGCACAGGUGCUCGACAUUUGUUUCAUAGAUGGAUGAGAAAGGGAAAAGAACAAUUUUUUGUACAGUUCUGAGUUCAUAGUGUUGGUUCUGCUGAUCUUCAUAAUCCAUUGUAUUACUACAUUGAUCACUUUGCCAUUAUGCUACUCUCUUCCAGCUCAAGAUUGUAAAUAUUCCGUGGCAGAAGCAAAACAAGAUACUGCAAAGCACUUCACAUUUAUUUAAAGGCAGCUGAAAUAUUUACAAGUUUA